AUGCAGGAAUCAGAAACUCCUAAAUCAGCGCCUUCGCGAAGACGAGCCUCCAAAGCUUGUAUGAACUGUCGCGUUAGAAAAGUCCGCUGCGAUGUUGUCCGAAAUCCCGGAAGGUGUACCAAUUGUGCGCUUGACGAUACUGAGUGCACCGUCAUAGCCCGGAGGGCCAAAUACUUCCAACAGCAACAAACAAGAAGCGAUACUGCGGUCGUGAGUCCAAAGUCUUCGUUUGGCCUUGAACAAGGUGAAGCCUCUUUGGUAUUUGAGACCCGGUCGGAUUCUACCCCGGAGAGCCCAUCAACAUGCUUUGAGAACGUUGAAGAAGUAACAGCCGCAACGGGAUGUACCGAGAAAGCGAGGCAGCAGUCGAUAAUUCCAGGCCAAGAACAUCAUGAACAUGAACCUUGCGCAGUCCCAGGUGGCACGAUAUCACGUCAAAGUGCAGCACCAAACACCAAAUCACAUAUCACAUACACCUAUUACCCAUUCCUCACCCUCGACAUGUCUGGCCUUGAACCCAGUGAUGUUCAUUAUCUUGAGUCUCAGAUGUGUCUGAGCGUUCCUACGCCAGACUCCCUGGAUGACUUCAUUCGAGAGUACUUUCUACACGUGCAUCCUGGUCUUCCCCUACUGGACGAGGCCGACUUUUGGGCUGUUUACUCUGGUGAUAAGGAGCCCUGCGGGGAGCCUACUAUAUCACUAUUUCUGUUCCAGGCAAUGCUGUUCGCUGCCUCCAGUUUCGUCCCCUUCUCAACUUUGAAAUACCUUGGUUUCACCUCAAGACAUAAUGCUGGAGAGAGAUACUUUCGUCGCGCCAAGCUUCUGCUAGAUAUCUGCUCCAGCGAUGACGUUGCCUCUAAUGCGCAGGGAGCACUCUUGCUAUCCUACUACAUCAGAGCAAGAGACCGAGCCAGGAACAACUCCAUAUUCCUUUCGACAGCUAUUCAACUCGCGCAGGGCGCUGGAGCGGAUCAGUUCCACAAAAGGCCAGACCAAGACUCUACUACAACUAACAGGCUCAAGAGGCUCUGGUGGUGCUGCAUAGUCCGCGAUCGUAUUUUGCCUCUCGGUGUUCGGAGACAGUUACACAUCGCUUCAAUAAAUCCGACUCUGGAGCACUUGACUGAGGACGACUUUGAGAAAGAGAUUCAGGGAUCUCAGGUAUACUCACAGAGCACCAAGCGGAGUUUAGUCCAGCUGUUUAUCAGCCUUUGCGACUUGGCUAUACCGUUUGCCAGUGUCGUUCAAACCGUUUAUGGGAUGGGCUUCUCCGCUGUAGAUGCCAUAUCACCAAUAAUCCAAAACCACAAACAGAUCGAAGAGUCUAUCAAGUUUUGCGAGAUCAGUCUAAAUGCCUGGUUUGAUAAGGCGGCCAUCCAGUUCCCUACCCCCGCGGGGAUCAUAAGUACUGAGAAAUCGCUCGUUCUGUACACAAAUCUGGUGUACAUAUACUAUCACUCCGCCCGUGUCGCGCUAUAUCAAUAUGAGGCAUUCGUCGUCAGUCUUACUUCGCCAGGCGCUGGUAUGGACGACAAGUUACAUCAGACGCGGCUUCAACUAGAAGAUGCUAUACUGGGAAUCACAGAUAACUUGAAGGAGCUAGUUCAACUCAAGGUCGCAAGAUUUCUUCCAAUCAGCAUUAUUGCGUACGCAGCGCUACCUCUAAUGCUGCAUGUUCUGGAUGUCAAGCUUGCAAAGCAACCAUCACAGACAGCGCGGAAGCAGGGCAGACUCAAUAUAUACAUGGAAGCCAUGAAAGGACUACAGAACAUUUACGAUGGUGUCGAUACUGUCUGGGCGUAUAUCCGCGCAGCCAUUGACUCUGCCACUUCUCAGGCUGUGACUACACCAGAUGCCAGCUGCAGCAGCGCGAUUUGCCCCAAAGAAUUCGAUUCUUUCCAUGCUGCGGAUGGCUGGGGUAGCUUCCUAUCACAGGAACCUAUUCUCUACUUCCGCCUCUCACGAACCAUUGAUCUGUCCUUGGCCGUUGGGUCUUACGCGGAGGAUUCUUCACUCAGCCUAUUACUGGCCACAGUGCAGUUGUCGAGUCCGAGCAUUGUGUUGGCUGGUGUUGAUGCUCUACCAGAGAGCCAGACCACUUCUGGUGCCUGCGACAAAACACUUAUAGAUGAGGAAGCAAAGAUGCAGAUUGACGAUUUCUGUGUUAUGAAAUCUGACAUAUUAGACGAAAUUGGAAAUCUGGAUGGAUAUGACCUGGAUAUGGAUCAUUUUCAUACUCCUGAGUUUCUGGACAUGUUUGAAUUGAACUUGUAG